AUGCACUUCGCACAGGUUGUUGCAAGGCUCAGACUUAUUGGCAUAUCUAGGCCACGAACAUCCUACUCUCAUCAGGCAGCGAUUGAAUGUUUUGACCCAAAUACCCACGUCUUUGAGCCCAAGACCACAAUCGAAGACAUAUUCGUCGCCGUCGAGGACCGCACGGUCACCUAUGGCGUGGUUCCCUUCGAGAACUCCACCAAUGGCUCCGUAGUCUUUACACUCGACCUUUUCUGCGACCGCUCCUCGCAAUACCGUUCUACGCGCGUAUGUGGAGAGGCUUAUCUGGAUGUACACCACUGCCUUCUCUCCCCUGCCAAGGACCUCAAGUCAAUAACAAAGAUUUACUCGCAUCCUCAGGCAUUCGGCCAAUGUGAGACUUGGCUGAACGCAAACCUGAAAGGUGUAGAGAGAGUGGACGUUUCUUCCACCUCAAAAGCCGCUCAGAUCGCUGCGGGCUUUGAGGACGCUGGUGCGAUAGCCAGUAAGAUUGCUAGUGAUGUGAAGGGGCUCAAGAUACUUGCCGAGAACAUCGAGGAUUCCCACGAUAAUACUACACGCUUCUUUGUGUUGUCGGCCACUAAGCGAUCAGGUGUGAGCACAGGUGAAUGGACGGUGGAGGAGGGGGGUGGGAAAAAGAAAGAUAAAUCCCUGUUAUCAUUCACGAUCGACCAUAAGUUGCCAGGUGCACUUUGCGAUUCCUUGAGGGUUUUCAAGGAUUUCGAUCUUAAUCUCACCUCCAUCGUGAGUAGGCCCACUCGAGUAGUUAAGUGGAAUUAUAUCUUCUUUGUUGAGUUUGAAGGACAUGCCGAGACCGAUAAUGCCAAGCAGGCAUUGGAGGAACUGAAAAGGUACUGCGUAGACUUGAGGGUUUUGGGUAGUUACGUAGACAAGCAAGGCAGGAAGGGGUCGAGGUACAAGGAGAGUUGA